GAUUUAUGUAUGAAUACAUUGAAUGCAUGGUAUUGUUGACAAAACAGUUGAUCCCAUAAUAAAAGGUUUGAUUAUCUGAUUGAUUGCCACUUCGGAGGACAUUGGCAUUGAUUGACAUAGGGUUGUAACCGAUUCCUCCAACGGACCAGUUAUGCCCUUCUUCUUCGGUCCGGCGCCCAUCCGGCGAACCAUUCCAUACCUGUCUUCGGGGAAACUGCUGUUCAGAAACCGCGUGAAGAUAAUGGAAGUGAAUUAUAACAUGUAUUGGAAGUAUUGGCGAAAAGACGGAUCACAUAAACCACAUCAAUAUGACGCUCACGUCGGGCUCAGAGAGUUCUACUUCUGGAAUGUGCCACAAAUCCAAUACAUGAAUCCAGAGGUGCAGAUAAUGAGACAUUUGGAGAAGUUUCCCAAUCCAUUCAUCCGGUGUUGGCUCGAAGACGGUCGGGAUGUGCUCUUCGACUGUGACUCUAAGAACAGACACGAGAUUUUAGACCAAUUGAACAAAACGUUGGGCAAAACAGAAGAGAUCCACGCCAUGGAGAAGAGUAUCACCGCUGAGGAGAAUCCGGCACUCUUUGCCUUUAAGGCCAAGCGGUGGUGCAUGUGUUCAAUCCCUGGUCAGUGUCCGUGUCCUGGAGUCAUACAAUUGCCCAAAACUAUGAGAGGAAAGUACUUCAACUUCUUGAAGGAGGACUUGGAGAAGGAGGAGAAGGCUAUCAUCGAAGGCAGUGCCGAACCGGUCUAUGAGCCCAUUCACAGGCCUUUCCUCAAUCAACAGACAAAACUAUGA